AUGCGUCGGCUUUUCCAUAGUCUACGGUCACCAUCACUUCUCCCAAGCCACGUCUUCCUCUUCAGCUACACCCUCAUGGCCCUCGCCAUCCAAGCCGCCAGCUUCAUCCACCAGUACCUGUGGUCCUGGCUCCAUCCUACACCCAGUAAAAGACCCGACGCUAUCAAACUAGGUGUGCUAGCUGGUCUGGGAAAUCUCGAUCCCUCGACAGUUGUCCAUCCAGCAGAGUCUCACCCCAGUGUCAUCCUCCAUGCCAUCGCUGCAUCUGACGUCCCCACGGCUGAACGUCUACAGACUCGAUACCAUUUUGCCAAGGCCUACGGCUCAUAUCGCGGUCUUCUGUCUGAUGGUGAUAUCGAUGCGGUAUAUAUCCACGCACCCAUAGCACUGCGCUUCGGGUUUGCAGAGCAGGUAUUAAAUCAUGGCAAGCAUGUUCUCUGUGUGAGCCCGUUGGCGGCAAAUGCAGAUGAUGUCAGGAGGCUGGUGGAACUUGCAAAGGACAAGGGGUUGAUACUAGAGGAAGGAGCAUCCUGGCAGUUCCAUCCUGCUAUACAUGCAUAUCGCAAAAUCGUCGAUGCAAGAGAGUUGGGCCGUAUUCUUCGCACCGAGGCUGUCGUGACAUGCACUCUACAAAUACCGAUGCAAGAUAAACGGUGGGAUUUCAACAUGGGAGGUGGCUCGGCCAUAGCCCUAACAUCCGCCAUCGCCGCCACCCGUUUCUCACUCCACGCAACAACCCCAUCGACUCUCCUCUCUGUCACAGCUCGACCCUCACAAUCUGACCCCCGAGUAGACGCAGCCCUACAUACGCACAUGACCUUCGAGAACCCACCGAACCACGCAGUAAUCAGCAAAGUCCAUACAGACAUGUCGCGGCCCUGGGCCGGCGGUCUUCUUCCGCGCGUAUGGGAAGUCCCAACCAUCGAGGUCGAGACGGAGAAGGCGCAGAUUAGCUUCUACAAUUUUACGCACCCGCAUCUGUACCAUUUGAUUUCGGUCACAGAUAAAACCACGGGAGCGACCACGUACAAGAAACAGUAUACAGGCGGGCCCUUGUGGGGGAAGGUGGUUGUCUCGACUGGGGAGAAGGGGGGCAACUCGGGGUGGAGUACGCAUCGGUGGCAGUUGGAGGCCUUUGUGGAUGCUGUUCAGGGGCGGACGCCGGCUUAUUGGGUUGCUGGGAAGGAGAGUGUGUGGUUGAUGGAGAGUGUGGAUGCUGUUUAUAGGGCCGCGGGUUUACCAUUGAGGGAGUCUUUGCGAGAGGAGAUAAAGGAUGGUUAG